CAGGGUAAUGCCGAAUUGCCUUCACCAUGCGUGAUUGCUGUGCUAGUGUGUGUCUCAACACGAUUUGUCCAGAUUUUCGGUUCAGCAACGAUCGCAACCCUCGGAUCGGCGUUUUCUAUGCUGAUGUUCUCGUUCAACAAGGAAGAAGCUGUGAUAGCGAGCGCCGCAUCACAUCUUGGCGCAGGAGUGAUCGGCGUCGCCCUCUAUUUUGUGUUCAUUUUCUACGACCUCACAAAAUGUAUACGUCCACGACGAGCGACUAUUCUCGUGAUGAUUUCUUAUGCUUGUCUGUUUUUGUUCACUCUACCCUGGCCGUUCCUACCAAGCAAAGUUGAAAUAUCAAUUAACGGUUCCGAUGCGGGUUGUUUCAGUGAUCGGUUUAGUUGGUGUGAUGACCUCACCCAAGUUUCUCCUGUUGUGUACUACACAAUGUUCGUUUUCGUGUUUGGAUUUGGAGUGUCCAUCAUGAAUAUAGCCAUCACUACCCUGUAUUCCGAAGUGAUAGGGCCACGGCGACAGGGUACUCUUCAAGGACUCUUUCAAAUGUCAGGAUCAAUUGGCAGAAUGUUAGCGCCUCUUAUCACAAGUUUUCUCUAUACGGCGUUUGGACCGCAAGUGCCAUGGCUGACAGAUAUAGCGUUGAUUUCCGUGAUAAUUGUUUCAUGGAUAUUGUUCCGCAAGAAGAUGGUUCCUCUUGAGAGCAGAAUCGUUCCAAACAAAUCCUCCUCAAAGGAGGAAGGUUGA